CUACUUUCAUUCAGAAUGAAGGUGGUGAUAAUAUUUCUGCUCUUUACCCUUGCUCUAACAAGCAGUUCGGCUGCCGUUGAGGGAGUAUAUGAUGACUUACGACUUGAUGUGGAGCCAGUGCCAGAGCCGCUCCUUGAGCUGGAACCUCAAAACAUCAUCACGAAUGGCUAUAUAGCACCAGAGGGCAAAGCCCCGUAUAUUGUGGGUCUGCUAUUCAGCAAAAGAAAUUCAGGCGCAUGGUGUGGCGGCUCAAUAAUUGGAAAUACUUGGGUCCUAACCGCUUCACAUUGCUCAAAGGGAUUCAGCACGGUGACCAUUUACUACGGCUCGAAUCGUCGUGCCCAGGGCACAGUGAUACACACUGUGAACGCGGACAAUAUCAUUAACCAUCGCACCCAUGACAUAGCAUUGAUACGCACUCCACACGUGACCUUCACCGAUCGCAUCAACCUGGUCAAACUACCCAGUGUGAGCAACGCUGGUGAACUCUAUGUCAAUAAACGGACAACGGCCUGCGGCUGGGGUAUAACCACCUCCACUAGGACACCCGACCAACUGCAAUGCGUCGAUGCGACUGUUAUAUCGAACCAGCAAUGUGCCAGAGUCUAUGCGGCUGGCUCAAUCAACAGCCAAAUCCUCUGCAUAAGCACUCCAGGCGGCAGAUCCAUUUGCUCUGGCGACUCGGGCGGACCGCUUGUCACACAGGACAAUACUAUUCUGAUUGGCAUUAGUCAGUUCGUUUCUUCCAGAGGCUGCACAGCUGGGCAUCCGGCUGGCUUCACUCGUGUUACGAGUUUUCUAGCUUGGAUACGUCAGCACACUGACAUCUCGUACUAAAUCCUUAUAACUAUUUGCAAGCACAAUCAUAAUUGAAGAAGUUUUGAUUUAAUAAAAAUUAUUCA